UCUACUAGAAAUUGAUGAAAUUAGGUUUAUACUAAAUUCACUUGCUAUAACUGUUGAAAAUCCAAAAGGUCUUAUGCAAAAAAUUUGGAUCUGGCUAAUUUUAUUAUGUUGUUUAAGAGGUGGAGAUGCAAAAAGAUUAAAAGCAUCUUGGCUUAAAGAACUAGAUAAUAGUGGUAUGUUGCUUGAACUGCCUAAAGAAAAAAACUAUGCAAAAGGAAUUAAAGAUCUAUAUGCGGAAUUUGGAA